CCACACUCACACCAAUCUCGUCGAGCGGCAGACCCCGGACAUGGCCGUCGGAGGAUCCCCUGCCGCGCGGCUCGCCUUCGGCUUCGUUCAGCCAUCUUCGAUCGGUCGCCCUUCCGCAUCGCCUCCUUCCAUUUACCGCUUUCCCGGCCGAAAAUCGCGGCUGACGAAGAGACGGAGGCCGACAUUCCUUCGUCCUAUCUUGUCCUCUUUGGUGGAGAAAGGGGAGCAGAAACUCUCCUUCACCGAUCGAGAGUCCGUCCUUGUCGAGGCGCUUCUCGGGAUCCAAGGGCGGGGCCGCGCCGCUUCUCCUAUGCAACUUCAGGACGUUGAGUUUGCCGUGGAAACUCUAGAGAGUAUUGGAGGCUUGCCGGAUCCUACAAGUUCUAGUAUGAUCGAAGGUUGCUGGCAGCUAAUUUUCACUACGAGACCUGGAACAGCAUCACCAAUUCAAAGAACCUUUGUUGGGGUUGACUUUUUCAAGAUUUAUCAAGAGGUCUACCUUAGAACAGAUGAUCCAAGGGUAUCUAACAUUGUCAGAUUCUCAGAUGAAAUUGGUGAACUGAAAGUAGAGGCAGCAGCAACGAUUAAAGAUGGGAAAAGGAUCCUUUUCCAGUUUGACCGUGCUGCAUUCUCGUUUAAAUUUCUACCUAUUAAGGUUCCAUACCCUGUGCCCUUCAGACUUCUUGGUGAUGAAGCAAAGGGUUGGUUGGAUACGACAUACCUAUCACGCAAUGGCAAUUUACGCAUUUCUAGAGGCAAUAAGGGAACAACAUUUGUGCUCCAAAAAACAAUUGAACCAAGACAAAGAUUGCUAUCGGCUAUAUCUGUUGGAGCAGGAGUAGAGGAGGCGGUUGAGGAAGUCAUUUCAAGUCAGAAAUUGGUCAAAAUAAAACCAGAAACCCUUGGAGGGGAAUGGCAAUUGCUGUGGACUUCACAGUUGGAAAAUGAAAGCUGGUCGUCUGUUGCUGCUAAUGGUCUUAAAGGUUUGCAGAUUAUAAAUGAUGGAAGACUAGAGAAUUUCGUUAACCUGCUUCCUGGUUUAAAGAUGUGUGCCAAUGGCAGUCUCAGUAAAACACCAGAUGGUGGCGUGUACAUAGCGCGAAUGGAUGAUGGAGUCAUUAGACUCGGUGCAUUGGGAUUUCCUUUGAAAAUAGAAGCGGACAUCGAGAUGGAAUUGCUGUACAUUGACAACAAGAUCAGAAUAACUCGGUGCAACGGAUCGACAUUGCUCGUUCACUUACGCCUAAAAUAAUAUACACUUUUCGUACUCAAUAUGUUUUGACUUAGAACUAAAUGUCAUGUUUACUUCAGGUACAUCGAGCACAAAACCAGAAUAACCAACCAAAAGAAGUAACAUUCUGGAUGAAUAAAGAUAGAAAAAAACUCGGUACUUGUCUGCCAAAUAAUCCUAUUUUGUUAACCAAACUUCUCAUACAAGUGUUUUCCAUCAGUUCA